CGUCCUGCAUUGCAGGACAGUCUUUAAAGUUGUCAAAGUAAGUGCUUCAAAAUUUACUCGCCAACGACUUUUGACGCCUCAAGGGCGUUCAAGCUGGAGGAGGAUUUCGUCGGCGGCUGCAUGACAAUGUCGAUGUACUCGACGACGGAUAAAAUGAAAAUGUCAGCGCCCAGUUGUUUUCCAGGACGCUACAGUCCAUCCUAUCGAAGUUCGGAGCAAAUGCGACGCUGCAUGCCAAAUCCAUCUAGUCGUUUAUUAGAAGAUGCUUCCCUAUUAUGCAAUUCGUGGUCAGCACGUCAGAAUGGUGAUAUUUUUGCGGGUAUCAACGAUGGCAUACUCAGCAGAGCGGAAGCCCUCGCCGCCGUCGACAUACAGAAACACCAAGCCCAGCAUGUACAUAGCCAAAUGCCCUCCCAAAUCAAGCACGAUGUGAUGUACCAUCACCAUUCAAUGAGUGGCCCCCCGCAACGUCCAUUACAGAUGCACCAUUCAAUGGAUCAGCUGGACAUGCUGGACCCGACGGGCUCGAUGACAACGUUAGCCCCCAUAUCGGAGUCACCAUUAACGCCCACACAUCAGCACCUGCACGGUUCCUAUCACAGUAUGAAUCACAUGAUGAGCCACCACCAUCCGGGCACGUUAAGUGGCCACACGGCGGGGCACCAUGGACACUCAGCGGUACAUCAUCCUGUCAUAACGGCGGCCGUAGCAGCCGCUGGCCUGCAUCCCGACACAGACACCGAUCCGCGCGAGCUGGAAGCGUUUGCGGAACGAUUCAAGCAGCGCCGCAUUAAGCUGGGUGUCACACAGGCGGAUGUGGGCAAAGCGUUGGCCAAUCUCAAGUUACCUGGUGUCGGGGCGCUGUCGCAGAGCACAAUCUGCCGCUUCGAGAGCCUGACGCUGUCCCACAACAAUAUGAUCGCCCUUAAGCCCAUAUUGCAGGCGUGGCUGGAGGAGGCAGAGGCGCAGGCGAAAAACAAGCGACGGGAUCCGGAUGCGCCCAGCGUGCUGCCGGCGGGCGAAAAGAAAAGAAAAAGGACUUCCAUUGCGGCACCUGAAAAGCGUUCCCUGGAAGCCUACUUCGCCGUCCAGCCGAGGCCGUCCGGUGAGAAAAUCGCUGCCAUUGCCGAAAAGCUGGAUUUGAAGAAAAACGUGGUGCGCGUCUGGUUCUGCAAUCAACGCCAAAAACAAAAACGUAUAGUUAGUAGUGUAACACCAUCAAUGACGGGACACGGCUCAGCGGGAUUCGGAUACUGAUAGUCAUUUAUGACGGCAGCAGCAACAGCAACAGCAGCAGCAACAGCAGCAACAGCAGCAGCAACAGCAGCAGCAGCGAUAUCUU